GCAGCGCCCACGAAACGCGAAUGGUUGUUUGUUUACACACUCAGCCGCUGCGUUGUAGUCGCGUCCCGGCCGCUCGCAACGUCACCGUGUGCAGGUUUUCCGCGUCGGUCGCCCUUCUUGUCCUGAAUAAUCGACCUACCCACCCUAAGUUUAUGGUUUAAGCUUCGAAGAACUGCUACUCGACGAAGAAUCGCGUCUCAUCACCAUGUCAGCCGUUUGCGCUGCCUACGGCUGAACGAGCAUCGGCGGCCGAGACUAUUUACUCCUUCACAACUUCCCACAUGUGAAAAAAAAAACAACCUCCUCAGUGGAUCGCUGCUGCGAAAGGAAGUGAUUGCAAGCCUUCGAUUACCACUAGCUGUACUCUGCUCAAAACAUUUUCGUGACAGUUUUUACGCUAAUACUUGCAAUGGGAUCUCCGGUAAAAUCUACUCCACUAAAGCCUGGCGUGGUGCCGUCGAUGUUCGUUUACGCACGGAACGAAUCGCAAGUACCGAGAGCAGCAUUCUCGAAGAGGCGAAAACAUGAGAUUAUUGGACAGUUGCUCUCUGGAGAUGCAACCAUCGGGCACACGCCAAGACCAAGUCAAUGUAGCGAAAGAGAUCAUGAUGACUGGGCAGCAGAACCAGUACAUCAGGCAGCAUUGGGUCUGGCUUGUGAGUCAGGACAAGCUGUAGACACAUCACCAGACUCAGCGUGUGAGCCAGGCCGUGGCACAAACAAAUCUGUUCAAGUGGGACUACCAACCGCCCAAAAAGCAUCACAAGCAAUUGAAAAGAAGAGUCUGUCAUCAAUUGCUACACAAACAGAAUCACUAGCUGUUUCUUCAGGCUCCUUGUCUUUUGCAUCCUUGGAGCAGUCUUCAUCACUGACGUCUGUUCGAGGCCAACUUCAUUGCUGCCAGCAGUGCACCUAUGUGACCCUGGACAAGUCGACUAUGAGCAGGCACCUUCGGAAACACAUGGGCGAGCCCCCCUUUCAGUGCCAGUUGUGUCCAGCUGCAUGCGCUCGCAAGUCCACGCUGCUGGUUCACGUGCGCACCACACAGGAGAGCGGCCCUUCACCUGUGUCCACUGCAGUGCAUCCUUUGCGAAGAAAAGCAACCUCGUGGGACAUAUCCGCAUGCACACUGGAGAUCGGCCAUUUUCCUGUGUCCAUUGCAAUGCGACCUUUGUGCAUAACAACAGCCUUGUGAGGCACAUCCGCACGCACACAAGGGAGCGUCCAUUUUCCUGUGCCCACUGCAGUGCAUCCUUUUUGCGGGCAGAUGAUCUUGUCAAACACAGCCGCAUGCACACUGGAGAGCGGCCCUUUUCCUGUGUACACUGUAAUGCAUCCUUUUCAUCGAAAAGCAACCUCGUUGUGCACAUGCGCACUCACACAGGAGAGCGUCCCUUCUCAUGCGUGCGCUGUAAUGCAUCCUUUGCUAUGAAGCUCAGCCUCGUGAGACACUUUCGUACGCACACAGGAGAACGUCCCUUUUCCUGUGUCCACUGCAGUGCGUCCUUUGCGCAGAGAAGCAGCCUCGUGAAACACAUCCGCUGCAUACAGGAGAGUAUCCCUUUUCCUGUGUUCACUGCAAUGCAUCUUUUUCGACGAAAAUCAACCUCACUGAGCACAUGCGCAAGCACACAGGAGAGCGUCCCUUUUCCUGUGUUCACUGCAAUGCAUCCUUUUCGAUCAAAGGCACCCUCAGUUACCAUAUGCUCACUCACACAGGAGAGCG